AUGGAGCUGCUGGGCGCCAACCUGUCCGCGCUGCCCCGCCCGCAGGAGUACGACUUCGAGCGGCACUUCGACGAGCUGCAGGCGAUCCAGUGGAUGCGGGAGAACUGGCGUAAAUCUUUCUCGUUCGCCUUGGCUUAUGUGCUGCUGAUCUUCGGAGGCCAGCAUGUCAUGAAGCAGCGGAGAGGGUACGACCUGCGCAAGCCACUGGUCCUGUGGUCACUCAGCCUGGCCUUGUUCAGUAUCAUCGGCACCCUGAGGACGUGGGGGUACAUGGGAUUCGUCCUCUCCACCAGUGGAUUUAAGCGAUCUGUAUGUGAUCCAGGCUUCUAUAAUGGCCCUGUCAGCAAGUUCUGGGCAUAUAUGUUUGUCCUAAGCAAAGUACCAGAAUUGGGUGACACAGUGUUCAUCGUUCUCCGGAAGCAACGGCUCAUCUUCCUGCACUGGUACCACCAUGUCACGGUGCUGCUCUACACCUGGUACGCCUAUAAGGACAUGGUAGCCGGUGGCGGCUGGUUCAUGACCAUGAAUUACAGUGUCCACGCCUUCAUGUACUCCUACUACACAGUGCGGGCGGCAGGCUUGAGGCUGCCACGCCCAUUUGCCAUGGUGAUUACCUUUACCCAGAUCCUGCAGAUGGUGAUGGGCACAGCAGUGAGCAUCAUGGCAUACUCCUGGAUGCAGGAUGGCAUCUGCUCCACCUCCUGGGAACAGAUCUUCUGGUCAUCCAUAAUGUAUCUCAGCUACCUAGUGCUCUUCUGCCACUUCUUCCAUGAGGCGUACCUUAAGGGGAGGGGCAAAACAAAAGGGGACUAA